ACAUAAUUUGUUUGAAACAAAAAUCUGAUAUGUUUUAUUGAUUAAUGUAAUAAAAAAGCAAGCUAAAUAGGAGAAAAAAAAUCAAAUUCAAGUAGAAGAUAAAAAAAUUCACUUUCUAAGUGGAGUAAAAAUGCAAAGUAAUUUCUAAUGAGUGAGUAAUUAAGCGAUCGAAGAGUGAGAGAGAAGAGAAACGAUUGAAAAAAGGCCGACUUUAGGAUCGUUUGUAAAACUGGGCAAACUCGUCGGCAUUUAAUUAGUUUGAUAAUUAAAGUUAUGAAUGGCAUUUUUCAUGUGGUUUUUCUGGUUUCACAUGGCAAAAAUGUUGCGAUCGCUUUGUCGCAUUUCUGCACAAUUUGUUAAUAGCAUGCAACUAUGUAUGUGUGUGUGUGUGUGUGUGUGUGUGUGUGACAGAAAUAAUCCGAAAUUUGACCGAUUUUUAUACCUUUUUCAAUUGCAUUCGAAUUUUUGCCUGAAAUAAUUUUUUUUUAUGGCGCCACAUUUACUCGUCAUUACAUCUCCUACUUCCAUACGAAUAUUCCAAUGCUAUAAUGAAUUAACAAUUUUCGUUUAGGUGUUAUUCCAAAAGUGGUCUCUCUGAUGUAAACACCAAAUAAGACAGUGUUUUUGUUUCAUUUAAAAAAAAAAGUAAAAUUUAUUACGAAUUUCGUCUAAAAAAUUCAUUAAAAUACUUUUCAAAAUCUUCUAAAAACUCUUUCGAAGAGGAAUCAUAUAUUGAAUUUGAUACGCAAAUAAUGUGCCAAAAUGUUUAGAAUAAAUAAAUUGUUGAUUUGUUGUACGGCAUUUGUGCUGUUACUGAAUUGGAGUGUGAGUGGCGAUUAUAUUGUGCCGCCAGUACGAGAAUUGUGUCCAUGUUUGCCGCGCAAUAUUUGCCCUCGACCGUAUGGCAUGUCGCCAAUUGAUGCAUUUUAUCUGGGUACAAUUCUGAAGUGUGCACAAGACGAUCACGUGCGUUGCUGUGGUGUAUCGGUUGAGAGUGUGGUUGGUGGCAAAACAAUUACUGAAUCAACGACCAUAGAAACUUCUUCAGUGGCGCCAGUGGUCAACUCUGAAUCGACAAAUGAAUUAGCAACUAUCUCAAGUGGAUUGGAUGUGAAUGAAGAGCUCAGCGAAUCGAAUCAAUCACAAACUACUUUGGCUAAUGAAGUUGCGAGUGAACAAUCGAAUGAUACAAUAGUACCAACUGAUGCCAUUGUACCAAGAAUUCAAGUGCCACGAAAACCAGACAUUUAUCAAAUUUUUCCAAGCAAAGAAUUAGAAGUAUCAAAUCCAAACGAUGUAAUAGUCAACCCGAAGGCACCAUUUAUGGUGGUAUUAGCUGAGGGAAAUGUAGCAGAACAACAGGAAGAAAGUAAGGAAAGCAACGAUGUGGCUAGCACUGAAGAAACAGUGGAUUUUAAGUCUAUCGAACCACCAAAAGUAAAUACAGAUGCAACCAUUGAAUUGAAGGCCAGUGAAUCGAAAAUGGACGAUAUUGAAACACCAGCAAGUAUUGAAGAAACAAUUGAAUCAAAAGACACUGAAUUGGGAGUUUCUGCAUUGAAUACUGUUGAAACAACAUCCGUCAAAUCAGAUGUCACCGAGACGGGAACAACUGAAUCAGAAGCAGUUAAAGUGGAACCUAUCGAAACAGAAACUCAACAAGUAGAAACGGCCAAAUCGGAAACUAUUGAGCCAAAAACCAUUGAGCCAGAAACAGCUGAACCACACGUAACUGAACCAGAAGCCCUUGAACCAGAAGCCCUUGAACCGAAAUCUGUUGAGCAAGACGAGAUUAAAUCAGACGUAGUUGAAACAGUGACCGUUGUGCCUGGUGUCGUUGAGGCAGCGUCCAUGUCGACAGAUGAAGUAGAAAAAGUUGAAUCGGUUACGACAGUGAAAACAAUCGAAGUGAACGAAGAAAGUGGUACCGAAGGAACAACCGAGUCAAAAGCCAUUGAAUCAGAUGCUGUUGAGGUAAAUACAUUUGAACCAAAGUCCAUUGAAUCUGGCACUACGGAGUCGGAAACCCUAGCGGAAACCGUUGAACCAGUAGCCUUCAUAGUACAAAACAAGGAGUCGGAAGAGAUUCAACCGAGAAAUAUUGAAUCAGAAACAGUAAAAUCGGAUGUAGUCGAAUCAGAAACUAAACAAACCAUUGAACCAAAAGCUCUCGAAACAGAAACUGCCAAAAUGGACACUAUUGAGCCAGAAACCGUUCAAGUGUUAUCUGUUGAACAAGACGAAGUUAAAGAAGACGUUGUUAAAACAGAAGCCGUUGAGCCAGUUGUCGUCAUCGACCAAGAAAAAUCCACCGAAUCGAACAUAGAAGAGGUCACCGAAGGAACAAGCGAAUCAAAAGCCAUUGAAUUAGAAACAGUAAAAUCAGAAACUAUUGAAACUAAAGUCGAAGUAACAACUAUCGCUUCAGAAGACGAAAUAACAACGUCAAAAUCAAGUUCAACUGAAACAACAACAAUCGAUUUGGAAAUGGUUGAAAAAAGCAUGCAAGCAAUGGAAUCAAAUGUUACCGAGUCGGAAACAGUUUAUCCAGAAACCAUUACAUCGAUCGAACAAAAAUCAAUCGAGCCAGAAAGCGUUGAAUCAAAUACUAAUCAAUCAGAUGUUAUUGAGCCAGAAAUCUUGAAAGCAAUCACCAACCAUUUAACGGACGAAAUAGAAUCCAUUGAUUCAACACCAACAGAAUCAACACCACUAGAGGUAGAAGCAGUUGAAAAAAGUACUGAAGAAGUGCCGAUAGUUAUUACAACCUCUGAGCCUUUGUUACUUACAACCGAAGUAGUUUCUGAAAAUGUUGAUGCCGCAGUCGAAAGUGAAGCCGUUGAAAGUGAAGUCUACGAAGAAACGACCGUAGCCAAAUCGUCCGAAAACUCAACUGAAAAUGAUAAAACGGCUACUGAAAAAGCGAUUGUAAGUGAAAACACAGAAAAAAUCGUUGAAAAUGAAACGACUGUGAAAACUAUCGAUGUAACUGAACACAGUUCCGAAGAGAAAACCACGGGUGAGAAUCAAGUGAUCACAGAAAAAAUGAUUGAGCAUGAGGUCAAUGAAAGCGUUAUUGCAAUUACUACAUCCAAUCCAACGACGGAAUUAAAUGAAUUAAAACAAUUGGAUUCAUCGACUGAAUCGUUGUUGAGCCGUGCAACAACGGAGAGCACUAACGAGUCUAAUGUGAUUACGACAAGUGUCGCCGAUAUGGACGCAACUGCUCCAGAUCCAUUAACGAUGGAGGCAAGUAAUGUGAUUGAAGUACGUAACAAUAAGCGUCGUGAAUCAAAUUAUCAAGACCAACAAAAUGAAACGACAAGUGUAACUCCACUUUCAAUCCCGUCAAAGAUCAACAUAAAUCAUAGAAUGGGACCGCACAAAAAACCGUCCGUAGAAAGUGUGACACCAGUCGAAGUGGUAAUCGCCAAAGGAAUUCCAUUGCAAUCGAUUUCAACACAACGGCCCAUUGCAAAGGACAACACGAUUUCAGAGCCGAAAUUUACUUCAGCCCAUAAAAUACCAUCAUUUAAGCGACCCGUAGAAAAAGAGCAUAGAAAUCAUACCAUGGAGCAAGAGCAUAAAAAUCAUAUCAUGGAAUUGCAUUCGAUGUUGUCAUCGUUAGCAAAAAUACCCGCUGCUCGACCACCAUUUGGCAGGUCAAAAGCGCUUGAAGAAUUGAUCGCUUACGAGGAAUCGUUACACAAACCGAUCAUUGGUAAUCGACGCACUAAAUCGAAAUCGAAAUACCUGACGAAGAAUACCGUCGAAGCGGCGACAACGACGACUGAAGUCAUUGAAACCAGUACUCAAACCGAAAAAUCAAAACGAAAGUACAAUCGACGUGUACCUGUCCGAACAUUUAGUGUCGGCUCCAUGAAAACGGCAACAACGACAACAACAACAACGACUGAAUUGCCAAAUGUGAGUACAACGGCUCGUCAAACGUUCAACCGACGAAGAAUGUAUGCCAAAACAAGGGCCACCAAUUCAAAUGAGUCAACGACAGUUGCUAUGGAUGUGACAACAAAACCAAAUGACCGAUUACGAAAUGACAAUCCAAAAAUGUCGUUAGAAAAACGUAGGCGAUUAUUUCCAACAAGACGACGCAUUAACACCGUCACAACCACCGAAACCCCAACAUCAACCAGCAAAGCUGCUGAACAGCCACAUCAAUUAAUGGAUGAAAUCACGGAAAAACCAUUCAAUCGAAAUCAAUACCGGACACCACAGCAUCGCUUCAAACUCGUAACCGAACGAUCAACGGACGACGAUUUCACACAACCAAGCGAAGAGUGAAACAUGAAAAAAUUCGAAAAUAGUCAUUAGGAGAAAAACAAACAACGAAAAUUUUACAUAAUGGAUUCCGGCUUGAUAAUUAUCAUGAAAUGUGAAAAAUCUAACAUUCAAAAUUGUAUGGAAUAUUUAACUCUAUCGCAAAGCAUUAGUGCUCAUCAAAUAUAAAUGACAAAUGAUUUCGUGGAAAAUCUAGGUUGGAGUGAGAACUUUGGCUUGUGUGUUUAAUGACAAAAACGGAAUCCAACAACAACAUAAAUCGAUUCGAGGCUUAAUUUUUUUUUUUUUAGGAUAGAAAACUAUUUUUCAAUGCAAUGAAUUAGAAAUGCAAGACAGUUCUGGAAAAUAUGAAGAGCUUAAAUGGUGAAUGUAAAGGAGGAGGAGGGGGAGCAGGAGGACACAUAAUGCAUUCGUAUAGAAAUCAAUAAUCGAAACUUUCAAAACCGAACACAUUGAGGAGACGUAAAUUUUAAAUUUUUCAUCGCUGCUCUAUCUAUCUCUUUAGUAAACCGACACAGUUAGGUAGUACAAGCAGCGAUUCCCCGCGCGCACGCCUCCAUUCGCCCAUUGCAACCGCGAUCAUUUUUCAGUAGCAUUUUUUUGUGUGUGAUUGCAAUCGAAAUAUGACAGUCGGUAGCACAAUUUACCGACAGAAGUUAACAGCCAACCUGUAUCGAACGUUGGAGACCCAUUAGUUAAUUAUUCAAAACGGCAGAGAAUUUAUGUCAGCCGUGUAUAUCGCAUGUCAUGUAGUUUCAUAUUUCUCUUUUUAUACACAUAUCCUUUUGUUCAUCUAUCGAUUUAUUUGAAAAGUUUCAACACAAAUAAAGUACAAACAAUGGAGAAAAAACACA